GCUGACAAGGCUCAACGAAUUCAGCGUUUGUCGCAGAAAGAACUGGAGAGACUAGCGUACAUGACUGAAGGAUAUUCUGGAGCGGAUCUGACGAAUCUUGCCAAGGAUGCGUCGAUGCAAGCCAUUCGGGAAUUCGACACCAGAAGGUUCAGUAAAAUAUCCCAGGAUCAAAUCCGUCCCAUAAGUUUCAAAGACUUUGAAAUGGCGAUGAAACGGAUUCAACCUUCUGUGCCAAAAGAUAGUCGAGCCAAGUACGAAGCGUGGAACCAACGUUUCGGAGAUGCUUCUUGAGAGGCGGAUUCUUCUUCUUUGGAUCCGUUCCUUUUUUUAAACGCGUUGGAUUCUCUUUGUUCAAUCGGAUUCCGUGAUUUUCAUUCGUGGAUGUGAAGGGGAUUAUCGGAGGGAAGCAGUUUUUCUGUGGUCUGCGAUUUGUGAUGAUGAUGAUGCCUUGCAUUCCUCCUGUCGAGGAAGCUUAAUUUUAAUUUUUUGGAAUAAAUUUUUUAUGGCUAAUAUAUAUA